GAUAUCGCAGUGAGCUUAUCAUGGCUGGUCCUCAGAGCGGCUCAAACGUAACGCGUAAUUUCACAAACCAGUUCGUGCAGCCGCCGUGGCGCGUCGCGAUUUGGUCGGUGGCGUACAGCUCCGUGCUGGCGGUCGCCGUGUUCGGAAACCUCAUCGUUAUUUGGAUCAUUUUGGCCCAUAAACGGAUGCGCACGGUAACCAACUAUUUCUUGCUCAACCUGGCGUUCUCCGACGCCUCGAUGGCCGCGUUCAACACGCUCGUCAACUUCAUUUACGCCACGCACGGAGAGUGGUACUUUGGAGAGGUUUACUGCAAGUUCCACAACUUCUUUCCGGUGACCGCCGUGUUUGCCAGCAUUUACUCCAUGACUGCGAUUGCAGUCGACAGGUACAUGGCUAUAAUUCACCCUGAAGCCCGUCUGUCAGCUACCGCUACCAAAGUGGUGAUUGUCUGUAUUUGGGCUCUGGCGGUGAUUCUGGCUUUCCCGCUGUGUUUCUAUUCCACCACGAGAACUAUGCCUCGCCGAACCGUCUGCUACGUCGCCUGGCCGAGACCUUCUGAGGAUUCGUUCAUGUAUCAUAUCAUAGUAACCGUGCUGGUGUACAUGCUGCCCCUAGUGGUCAUGGGCAUCACCUACACUAUCGUCGGAGUCACACUUUGGGGAGGAGAGAUUCCUGGAGAUUCGUCAGACAAUUACGUCGGACAGCUGCGAGCCAAGAGGAAGGUGGUGAAGAUGAUGAUCGUGGUGGUGGUGACCUUUGCCCUCUGCUGGUUGCCCUAUCACGUCUACUUCAUCGUGACGGGCGUAAACAAGCAUCUGAACAAGUGGAAGUCCAUCCAGCAGGUCUAUCUGUCUGUGUUGUGGUUGGCCAUGAGCUCCACCAUGUACAACCCCAUCAUUUACUGCUGUCUAAAUGGCAGAUUCAGGGCCGGUUUCAAACGGGCCUUCAGGUGGUGUCCCUUCAUCCAGGUGUCCAGCUACGACGAACUUGAGCUCCGUCCCACCCGUCUCCACCCUCGCAACCAGAGCAGCAUGUGCACCCUGUCCCGCAUCGACACCAGCGUCCACGGCGACGACCCCCGCCGCAGCAGGUCCCUGCGGUGUCAGGCGGAGGUCAGAGACGAGAGCGCGGCGGCGGCCACCAAGCUCUGUCUUCACCGGGAGCCCACGUUCGCGUCCGAGCAGCUCAGCUGAAGGGCUGUGUGCUCCGUUACGGACGGAAAACAACGUGAACGCGUCCUCGGGCGUCCUGUAAAUGACACACUGUACAUUUCAGAGCGUGCACUGACACUAAACGCACUCAAUCCUGCUGCAUGAUGAAGUAGCACUGCCUCCAAGUGGAGAACUGUGAAUGACUAGCGUACUACUCGAUGCAUGCUGCCUAGCACUGCAUACUACCUUCUUUUUCAAAACACAACACAACAUACGUAUUAUGCAAUGGACAUGAGCAGAUAGUGUGCUACGCUACAGAUUCAUCACCUCAUCACGUUGCAUGAUCUAUGAAACACAAAUGUGUCUUUCAGAUGAUGCUUAAGGGCGUGCUUGUGAUUCGUUCAAUUCAGUAGAACUGGACUGUAGAGUAUGUCCUGUACAUCUGUUUAUUUUUAUGUCUGUGCACAUGUGCUUUUUGUACUCAUUUAACGCGCCGCAGUAACUUUUCGCCGCAUAACUUUUACCGCUUUAGCGCUUAAUAAACAGAACUGCGCGGAAGAACACUGUAGCCGGAACUACUUCUCUCUAUGUAAGUCUAUGGCGAAUCACGCAGCGUUACCUACCCGAACCCGUCUAAAUAGGCCCAAUAUAAACACGUAUUAAAGGUGUUGUGCGGUGAUUCAGGACAAGCCAAAAUCACGGUUUGGAAAAUGGAUUCACGGUGUACUUAUAUACAU